GGCCGAGGUGGGGGCGGAACAAGUGGUGAAGAUGACUGACUCGGCGGCGCGCACGGGAGAUUGUGUCCUCGAUCCUGGGUCCCAGAGGGCCGAGAUGGGGGCGGAACAAGCCGUGGCCAUGACCGACUCGGCGGCUCGCACGGGGGAUUCUAUCCUCGAUCCUGGGGCCCAGAGGGCUGAGGCGGGAGCUUUCUUGGACGUGGGCGAGCAGUGUGGCUCCGAGGAGGAGCAGGAGGGCGACGAAACCUUCGUGGACUACGACAGCGAUGGCGGCGAGCUCAUUCCCUUGAGCGACAGCGACCUGCAGGGCGACUGCGGCGAGGGCGAUGCCCCGCGGGGCGUCCGACUGAAGCCAGUCCUUGCCCUCGAGGAGAGCCCCGACUGGGACGGCGAGGACAGCGACGGCGGGUUCGAGCUGGUAGACGAGCGGCCGCCAGAGGAGGUGCCCGCGGCGUCUGGCCUGGUCGCCGAAGACAAUGAAGCGGCGCCGUCGCAGGACACCCGUGGCGAGGAUAUUGAGGUCGCCCAUUCUUCGGUCCACGACGACGCCGCGGACGAGUUGGAGUACCGCAAGAUACACCGCGUAGAGAAGGACGACUUCCGUACAGACAGUUGGCGGCGCGACCCCGCGCAGGUCUUGGGCCCGCAGGCGAAUGCCGGGAAACGCCGCUGCCGGCGGGGGAACAGGAAGGCCGAGACGCUCUGCGAGUGGACCAGCGCAGGGGAGGCGCGCUACGCUGGCAACAAGUGCCCGUGCAGCCGCGACGUCGACGUCGAUUGUGCGCCCCUUGCUGCGAGUGGCGCUGCGGCGGCGUACGUGGAGGUCGGCAGCAUUGGUGCUCGGGCGCGUGGAUGUGCCGUGUGGUAUUGUUGCGUGAACGGCCUCGUCGAGUGGACGAUCAUCGACAACCUUGCUGUUCCGCCGUUGACUCUGGUCAACCUCUUCCGCGCGCUGGGCGCCGCGGUGAACCUGCCAGAUUAUACCAUGGAGCUGCCCCACCUGAACAAGAGCACCGCCCUGAAGCGGCUGCCCACGGGCCGCUUGUCGCACAGUCUGACGGAGUUCGCUGCAGACGGGUGGGGAACACUGUCAACCAUGGUAGACGGCGACUUGCGUGUCGAGAAGGGGACGGCGUAUUCGCCGAUGGAGCUUGGUCGCGUGUACCUGCUGGCCAGUCUGACUGGAGGCGCGCGCCUUCUGCGGCGUCACGUGCUCAAGUACGUGCGGAAACACUUCCAUGGGUACUCGCCGCUACAGCGGUCUUUCGGCAUAGGCCACCGCUUUCUUGCUGACUUCGCCAGCGAUGACAUUACGUCCCAGAUGCCAUCUAUGACCAAGCAGCGUCGGACCCCAGGCGAGGUUGCAGAUGUGUUCGGCGAGACCACGGACAAUAUUUUGUACAGAGCCGGGUUUGUGAUCCAGCUCAACCGCACCGUGUAUGGGCCCGUCGAUGCGCCGGCCGCCUGCCGCAGGACGUUGGUACGUGCAAUAGCAGAUUUUGCGUGCCGUAG